AUGCCACCGCCUGUCUCGGAAUAUUCUGAAGACUACACCGAAGAGAGCUGGAAGGCCUCUACGGACGAGAACAUGGAGCAAGACGACUCUUUGCCUGCACCCGAACCCACCGAGCUACUUAAUGAAGAGCAGGCUGUGGACAAUGCUGCAGGUCAAGAUGGUGUUGAUGCCACAGAAGAUACGGUUGAUGACAGCGAGUUGAUUGCUCAACUACAGCGGUCAGCACAGGAGUAUGAUGGUGAUGAAGGAACGGCUGACAUGUCCAAGCAAGACUCGGAGCAAGAGGACGACGAGGAUGAGGAGGAUGCGGCAUCAUCAAGCGAGGCAGUGGACGAAGCAGAGGCAGCUGCUGGAAAAGAUAACCAAACCGAGUCCGAAGCCGAGACCGAAUCAUCUUCCACCGACGAAGCUGACGCAGAGAGCAGUAGCUCAGACACUGGCGAAGACGAUGUCGAAGAGCUGGAAUCCGAUUCUUCAGACGCUGAGGCAGAAUCCCCGGGUGUAAAUUGCAUCUUCUGCGGCAAGCCUAAUACCGACAAUUUGGAUCGAGAAUCAGAGACAUACCUAGCAUGUGCCAUCUGCGCAAACCCUGCCCACCAGGCUUGUGCCCGGGGAAAUGAGGCGCUAGGAGAAGAUCAGGACAUAACUGCCUGGCGAUGCCCAACCUGCGCCAACAACGAAGCACAGUCUGAGUCGCCCAAGUCAGUGCUGGCCCGAGCUAGGAACUCCAACUCCGCUCCACGACUCGUCCGUGACCUGCUCCCCGUCUCUCGAGGGCUUCAGAAGCCAAAUUCCCAUUCGAUAUUUGCGCAGCCCUUGUUAGAUGCUGAGGAUGGUGGGCGUUCUCUUAGAAAGAGGAAAUCGCCAACUCAAGAACCACUCCCUUCAGAAAAGCGACGACGGAAAACCACACCUGGAGCCACAGAACCUCCAGAUGCCGAAGCGACGCCAAGAGAACGUGCCGUGGCGCAUUCGACCAGAAGUGCGUUACAGCCGCAAAGAAGUGUGCCAUUUGCCCGUAUUCUCCAACACCGACCUUUUCACAAACCACCGCCUCACAAAUUCAUCCUGGCUUUCAGAUUGGGUCAGGAGAGAAUUGAAAAUGUCCUCAGCAAGCCUCCCCGACCUGGUAGACCGCGCAAUCGGAAACAGAGGCCGCCCAAAAUUCCAGCUCCGCCUAUAUACCAGCCUCCAGUGCCCAAAUUCCCAGCCUUACCUUCGAGCAAUCUGGUCUUUCCUUCGUUGUUCGGAGAUAAAGAUCAGGAUGCCAAGCCAUACGGAGGUAUUUUGUCAGAGCAGGAAGCAGAUACUUCGAGGUCGCUGCCUCAGUAUCGAGACCGAGACAUAUUCGAAAUCGCAAGAAAAGAAGCAGAAGAAGAACGCAGAAAAGCUUCUGAGGCUGCUGAGGCGGAGAUCAACGGGGAGAACUCGGCUGCAGGCAAGCCGAAUCGGACAGUCUCAGGACCGCCAAGCAAGAUCAAAUGCAUUCAAUUUGGGAAGCAUGUCAUAGACACAUUCUAUGCCGCGCCUUACCCCGAGGAAUACUCACACGAAUCUCGACUUUUCAUAUGCGAGUUUUGUCUGAAGUAUUUGCCGUCAGAAUUCGUCGCGUACCGACACAAGUUGAAGUGUCCGGCAAAGCAUCCACCUGGCGACGAGAUCUAUCGCGAUGGCAGCAUUUCGAUAUGGGAAGUCGACGGCAGGAAGAAGACUGAAUACUGUCAGUGUCUGUGUCUCAUGGCCAAGAUGUUCCUUGGGUCGAAAACUUUGUACUACGAUGUUGAGCCGUUCUUGUUCUAUAUCUUGACAGAGUAUGACGAGACCGGCUACCACUUUGUUGGUUACUUCAGCAAAGAGAAGCGACCAGCAAGCCAGAACAAUGUCAGCUGUAUCCUGGUCAUGCCCAUCCACCAGCGGAAAGGUUAUGCAACCUUCCUCAUCGACUUCUCCUACCUACUCACUCGCAUCGAAGGUAAAGAUGGCUCGCCGGAGAAGCCAUUGUCCGAUAUGGGCUUGACGGCAUACAGAGCUUACUGGGACUUGACAAUAUCCAAACAUCUGCUUCAGCUCGGAAUGAAGCCAUUCAGCACCAGAACGCUUAUGGCGCGGACUGGCAUGACCGCUGAUGAUGUUAUUCACUCUCUGGAACGACUUUACGCUUUCACCCGCGACCCUGCCACCAAGACAUAUGCCAUUCGCUAUGAUAAAAAGCUUUAUGAGUCUGUUGUUGCCGAGUAUGAGUCAAAAAAGCAUCGUGAGCUGAAAGAAGAGAACCUCGUUUGGACGCCAUAUAUCAUGGGGCGUAGCGACCAAGCCCAUCUCGAUAAUCAGCCAUUGCAGACUAUUGCGCCUCGUGAAGAAGAUCUCGAGGACGAGGACGAGGAAGCAAGCGUGCAAGCCAAAACCAGCAAGACUGACAACGAUGCCGUUUCACCAAAGUCUACACCCCACGCCGCCUCACGCGCCCAGUCUGAAUCGAAGCAAGAUCCUGCGCUUGUAGAUGAUAAAGGAGUCAUCGCCCCUGGCCCGCCUUCCACCGGUCUAAUCAACGCGACCGUCUCCACGGAAAUCACCUCGGAGCCAAGGAUCAACGGGCACGUUAGCGGCGACGAAGGCGCCAAAGACUCCGAAGUCCCCGCCGAAGGCUCGCUUACCGGCUACGCCCUCGCCUACCGCACAAACAACAUCCCACCCAUGCGCUUCCAAAUCACACCACCCAUUCCCGCUGCCAUGCUGCGCAACCGCAGCAUGAAGAAACGCACGGCUGCGGCAGCAUUCGGGAGAGUGAGUGCAAAUGGUGCCGCCGGGAAAGUCAGCCCCACGCCCAUGUUGCCAACGCGUAGUUCGCCGAGGAACGCAGGCAGCGUAAAUGGAGGGAGGUCAAGUCGCGGGGUCUCGGAAGAAAAAGUCAUGACCCCGAUGAGGCGGAGCGGGAGGAAGAGUGCACUGGCAAAUGUAGAACUGGCCAGUCUGGAUGGCACCAACGAGGCCGAAAAGGAUGACAUGGAAAGCGAACCAGAGGAUGAAAUGGAAGUUGAGGUUCAGGCGGCCGAGGGCAGCGAGGAAGAUGAAGAGAGUAGCGAAGAGGAUGAUGAGGAGGACGAGGCAGAAGACGAUAAUGAUGACGAGGACAAAGAUCCGGACGCUGAGAUUGAGGAGGAAGAGAGUAGCAGUGAGGACGACGAGGAUGCGAGCGAGAUAGGUGUGGCGGAGGUGGAACCUCUCGCAGCUGAUGAGGACGAAGACGAGGACGCAGAAGGGGAGACUGAUGACGACGAUGCGCCGGGCGAGGAUGACGAGUAG